UUUCGUAUCAACUCACUUAAAUCACCCUCAACAUGUCUUACUACGAUAUCGAUGCGAUUCUAACAGACUCCCAAAAACUGCCCUGCACAUUCGAACUGGAAGUGCCCGGUCUUGGCAUUCUAGAAGGGAAUCCGGGAGAAAAUAUCAAAGCUGGAACGCGCAUUGAUUUGCCGUUAUGGUUGGGGGAGAUGCUUUCUAUAGGUGCGCGUUUGGGAACCUCACGACUGGUUACGCUGGAUCUUCCCUCGGCGCUGUCGGAACGGGUCAUGAAUGCCUUGAAGGCUGAUCCGAGGACGGUGGAGUUGCGUUCGUUGGCGCCGCAUUUUUAUAGUUUGAGUGAACGCAUUCUGGAGCUGUUUGAAGAGGAGGAGAUGGUGGAGGUGUUGAGUAAUACGUUUAAGAAGCGAUCUGCGGCGAUCGCGGACCAUGCGCACAACCCGCAGGGCGCUUUAGGACAGGGUGCGGAUUUCUUGCGUGGGCUGGAUGAGACGGAGAGACAGCUAUUCCGUGUCGCUCAUGAUAGUGCCAAGGAGACGCGCAUCUGGGCUGGAGAGGCUAAAAAGAAAUGAUUGUCGGAAUGUGUUGGAGGUGCUGAUGUGAGGGUUGAGCUGUGCUCGCCGUUAGAAUUAUACACUUCAGAUUAAUUAUGGCUAAAAUGUGAUAUGACCGUCUUAGAGUUAUG